AUGAUGUCGUCGAGUGCUGGAGGUGAAGUAUCGAUUAAUUCCGGCGACCUUUUGCUAGGGACUCUCUCUAAAUCGAUUACAAAGCUGGAACAACAGAUUCUGGCAACGCAGCAGUCUCAAAAGAAGCUGAAUUCUGAUUGUGAAAUUAUGGCGGAGUACCUCCGUGACUUGAGCGAGUACAAACAGCCCGUUGACUUACUUCCGUAUGUCGGAAAACUGAAUGAUUCGACGAUUCGUGUCAAUAACACCCAUCAGAAGCUGGACGAGCUUCUGGAGCGACUCACGAAACUUCAGCGUCAAAUCGCUCGGGAGACUUACAAAAAGAAGAGCUCUAUCAAGGAGCAAGAGCCUCCAGUUCAGCCGGAAAACUAA